UCUUGACUGGACAGCGACGCGGCGGGAGCGCGAUUGCUCUCUUCCCGGCGCAGGCGGUUUUAGUUACUAGUUCCUGGAUCAUCCUGGUUGCCCUUCUCUGAACCCGUUCCAGUUUGUCCAAAUCCUCUUAAAUGGUGGUGUCCAGAACUGUAUAUAGUACUUGAAGUGAGGUCUGACCAGUGCAGGGACAAAAAUGAGAGACAGACUCUUUGAACUUUAUGAACUAUCUAAGCUGUAUAAUCAACAUACUGGAGAUGCUGAGGACGAAUUACAAAGACCUCAUGAAACGCUUCUUUUUGAAACUGAUUAUGCUGUAGCAAAUCUUUACAAAAACAUUCAAGAGAUACGAACAAGCAAUCACCGCCUGAAAGAGGAUGUUAGACGCUUGGGCAAACAAAACUCUCGCUUCCUGACAUCAAUGCGUCGUUUCAGUAGCAUAAAGCGAGAUACAAACACCAUAGCAAAAGAUAUUAAGGCCCGUGGGGAAGAGAUCCACAGAAAACUUCAGGUUUUGAGAGAUAUCAGUGAAGAUGCAGAAACAAAAUAUGGUGAAAAUGCAAUUGUAACCCGUGUGUGCAAGGACCACUAUGUUGAUCUAAUGCAUGCUUUCCAGGAAGCCAUGUUUGAUUACAAUGAGACUGAGAUGAAAGAGCGGGAAAAUUGCAAGAUUAGAAUUCAGCGGCAGCUGGAAAUCAUGGGCAAGGAUGUGCCUGGAAACCAGAUAGAAGACAUAAUCGAGCAAGGCAGAUGGGACGUUUUCUCUGAGAACUUACUGUCUGAUGCAAAAGGAGCUCGCUCGGCCUUGAAUGAGAUAGAGACCCGGCACAAAGAGUUGAUGAAGCUUGAAUCUCGAAUCAGAGAGGUCCAUGAACUCUUCCUACAGGUGGCACUGCUGGUGGAACAGCAGGCUGACACAUUUGAUGUUAUUGAGUUCAACAUGCAAAAUGUCCAAGAAUAUGUUGGGGAAGCUAAAGAUCAAGUGAGGAAAGCACUGGAAUAUCGGAGGAAACAUCCUUGCCGAACAAUCCUUUGCUGCUGCUUAUCAUGCCUUAAAGGCUAACCACCCUCUUGAAACCACUCAAUCAAUGUUAUGGGAAUGCUUACAAUUUGUGCUCAUCUCUUUAUUGUUACCAUAUUUGUCAUUCAUUAGUUGUGUGUAUGUUUCUCAGCAAGUAAUGAAAGCCAAAGGAUAUUAGCAGUAUGGGAGUACUGUAAGUUGGGAACCUGUGACUCCCCAGAUGUUGGUGGACUACAUCUUCUCUGAUAAUUGGCCAUGCUGGUGGAUUGGAAUUGGAGUCUGGAAACAUCUAAAGGGACACAAGUUCCUGGCCAUUCAUAUAUUUCAACUCAUGUAAUAAAAAACAAGAUUAACGUCUCCUACAUUGCUACCAAAAUGAAAGGCAUACCAGAACCUAUGAAAAGUCUUAGAAAAUUUUGAUGAGGUGGGUAAUAAAUUAUUCCCAAAUAAAUACAUCCUAUGGAUUUUUAAGGGAGCAAUUGCUAUUGCCAAUUUUUUUUCUUGGAGAAAAGAAAAAUGGAAGAAAUUACAAACCCUAAUUAUAAAUAUAACUAACUGUAUUACAUGGAUAAUGCAGUUUAGAGAUCUGGCAAGCAUAGCUGACUCUAGAAUUUUGCUGUAAAAUUUCCUGUAAGUCUAAAUAGAAUACAUUUCUAAAAUGCUCUAUUAUAAAAUUAAAUGAGAAAAAUAUUUAUUCUAGUUACUAUAUGAAGAAAAUCCUUGCUUUCUGCCUCAUAGUUUAGAUUGUCAGGGAGAAACUUGUUGAUAAUGAAACCAAAGUAAUAGCCCCAACAGCCCCACAUAUGAGGACGAGAAGACCUCAUUCACGCAAUAUACAAAAAUUAGGCUGGAGAUUUGUAUCACUGGAGCUAAUAGCAGUCUGGAAGUUAUGCUGGUCUAUGACCGAAAUAAAAUUGAUUGAUUGAUUGACAGCAGUCUGGAAGUCUUGCACGAAUGACAAGUAGGGGGGGUCAAAAAUCAGACAUCAUGAACUUGUUUGGCUGCAUCUUGUGCAGGCAUGCAAAAUGUGCAGCCUAACGACUGCCUGCAACCUGCCAGCAUCCCUUUUGUGGCCCCAGCAGAUCCCUAAAGCAGAUGGGAUUUGGGCCGUUCUUUUGCAUUUGCUUGAAUUUUGGCAGUCUAUGUCUGCAGGAGCAAAAUGCUUGCUUUCAGCUCUAUAUUGGCUAGGGACUAGGGGAGAUUGGAAAAAACCAAUCUGUUAAGCUGAGAAGAAACCUCCAAAGCAAUAGGUCUUCCAUGCUUAAGUUUUGUUUUAAUCACAGUUUAUCUGCCUAUUUUUUGAGGAUGGUCUGAGCAGAAGAAGCUGAAACUCCCAUCAUUUAUUUAUAGAAAAGCCAGCUUCAAAAGGAAAUAAUAGGAUUCAGUUCAUAAUUCUGAGACUUUUGUGUGUGAAAUUCAUGGCUUUGGUGUAUCAUGUUUCUUUAGAUAAAUGUAAAUAUGUAACGUAAAUGUAAAUCUGGUUGCAGUAUUUUAUAACUUUAUG